CGCCAGAACAUCAUUCCUCAUGCCGAGCAUCAGAGCGGAAUGCGCUCUCAUUUCAGUCAUGUUAGAGCCCUUAUCUGGAAACGAAGACAUGUGCAGGAGCCCUUGGCACCCAUAUGCCCCAUUUGCAUUUUAGCUUUGGCAUUAGAAACAAAAUCAUACCUGCCACUUGAAUUGCUUUGUAUGAGCAGGUGAAGGUGGCCAAAUCAUCCACACACCUCUUUAUCCAGUAGUUCACUAGAAAACUAUGGUCAUGGCCGCCCAGGACCAAAAGCCGUCGCAGCGGGCUCCGGUUCGCGUGGGAUUUUAUGAUAUUGAGUGCACGCUGGGAAAAGGCAAUUUUGCAGUUGUGAAGCUGGCGAGACAUCGUAUCACGAAAUCUGAGGUGGCUAUUAAGAUCAUAGACAAGACCCAGCUAGAUGCAGUGAACCUGGAGAAGAUCUACAGGGAAGUGGAAAUCAUGAAGUUGCUGGACCAUCCUCACAUCAUCAAGCUUUACCAGGUCAUGGAGACCAAAAACAUGCUCUAUCUAGUCACAGAAUAUGCCAGGAAUGGAGAGAUAUUUGACUACCUGGCCAGCCGCGGGCGGCUCAGCGAAAUGGAUGCGAGGAGGAAGUUCUGGCAGAUCCUCUCAGCGGUGGAGUACUGCCACGAACGCAAUAUUGUUCACAGAGACCUGAAGGCUGAGAACUUGUUACUGGAUGCUCACAUGAAUAUGAAGAUAGCAGAUUUUGGCUUUGGAAACUUCUUCCGUCCUGGGGAACCCCUGACCACUUGGUGUGGGAGCCCCCCGUAUGCGGCUCCAGAGGUGUUUGAGGGACAACAGUAUGAGGGUCCGCAACUGGACAUCUGGAGUAUGGGGGUGGUUUUGUACGUCUUAGUGUGUGGUGCUCUUCCAUUCGAUGGUCCUAGCCUUCCUGUCCUCAGACAGAGGGUCCUGGAGGGCCGUUUCCGCAUCCCCUACUUCAUGAGUGAGGACUGCGAGCACCUGAUCAGGAAGAUGUUGGUUCUAGAUCCAGCCAAGCGUUUGUCCCUGAGUCAGAUCAAAGAGCAUCGCUGGAUGGUGCAGGAGGUCCCGUCCCAGCGGCCCAUGCUGUAUAGACAGGGUCUGCCAUGUGAGAGCAAAUCAGGCUUGGGUGAAUACAGUGAGCAGGUGCUCCGACUCAUGCACAGCCUGGGCAUCGACCAGCAGAAGACUAUUGAGUCUCUUCAGAACAAAAGCUAUAACCACUUUGCUGCGAUCUACUACCUGCUUGUGGAGCGAUUGAAAGCGCAUCGCAGCAGUUUCCCUGUGGAACAGCGUUUGCACGCCAACCAGCGCCGCCCUAGCAACGUCGCUGAGCAGACUGUUGUCAAGACCAUCGCGGUUCCUUCUCAAGCGGGCGUCCCGCCGCAGGCAGCGCAUCACCUGCGUUCGCCUGUUCUGUUGCAGUCCACUACAGACACAUUUACCUUCCCACAAACCCCUGCUUCCCCAGAUCAGACGCUCAUGGAGGAAGACGUGGCCACUCCCAAGGUGGAUGGCUGCUUACUGGACCCGCUUCCUCCAGUCGUUGUCCGGAAAGGCAGUGGCUCGCUGCCUAGCAACAUUAUGGAGACGUCCAUUGAUGAGGGCAUUGAGGCAGAGGAAGAGCAUGCUGUGCCCCUCGCCACCUUUCGUACAGCUCGCUUCAGUCAGCGCCGGCAUACACUGUCUGAGGUCACCAACCAACCUGCUGUGCUGCCCAUUACAGGUCUGAACCCAUCCCUCGGCAGCAUGGACUCAGAGUACAGCAUGGGUUCAACUCAAAGUGAUUUCAGUUUGCCUGAAGAGAAUCCAGCUCUAAAGGAUGUAUUAAGCACUACACCUGCCAGCCCCACAGCUCCAGUCUUCCUGGGCAUGAAGCCCCCUGAGCCCACCCUUCAGCCGCUCAACACGGAGGGGCAGAGCUCUCAUAAUCACUCACUAGUCAGUUUCAGAGAGGGGCGAAGGGCUUCAGACACGUCUCUCACUCAAGGUUUAGUGGCAUUCAGGCAGCACCUCCAGAACCUGGCCAGAACCAAGGGUUUCCUGGAGCUGAACAAAGCCCAGAUAGUGUUAGGAGAUUGUGGAGGAGGCGGUAAACCCACCAGUCCCCAUGAGCUCCUAGAGCCUCACCACCCAUUCAGCCACCAGGGAGAAGGACGCCAAUGUCUAAGUGGAAAAGAUACGUCAACAUUCACUGGUAAAAUGCACCCUUAUCUGCUAUCCAGGAGACAGAGUUUGGAGACACAGUACCUCGCUCAGCGACUACAGAGGGCCAGUCAGUUGGCAAGUGGUCUUGGAAGUGGACAGAUGUUUUGUAAAGAGGCUGCACCGCGCACUUUAGAGCAACAACUCCAGGAACACAGACUGCAGCAGAAGAGGCUCUAUCUCCAGAAGCAGUCUCAGGUACAGGCUUACUUCCACCAGAUGCAGCUGGCUGAGGAUGCUUACCACCCUCCCCAGGACAGCAGAGACCCCCAGAACAGCAGCGGUCCCUUAUCCAGCUCUCCCUUCACACGGACCCAAACCCUAGCUCCUUUUCUGGAGCCUGGCACUUCAUCCCUGACAUACGUCCCCAAGCCAGCCCGUUUCCCAGACUGGCCUCCACCGCCAGACAACUGCACAAACUACACCUCAUCCCUCCCUACAGAGCCCCUGUACGCGUGGAGUCCUGCCCCGCCACCUCUCCCACCAGGCAAAGCAGAAAGCCCUUCGGCUCAACCUGCACCUGAAGCCACCUUCCUGGACUGUGAGAUGAUGGAGACCGUAGAGGCCCCACAGGGCUGUGUACUCGUAAACUAAAUGUGAAAUAAAGCACUCUGAGGCUGGCUCUCAGGCAUAAGAUGUGGUGAAAAACGCCCUCAGGGACGAACAAGACGCCAUGGUUUGUGUCACAUCUUAUAAACCUACAGAACUGUGGUAGACCAUUACAGAACUUCGUUUUCAGAGAUGUUUGUGAGAUACGCUAGUGUCCUGAAAUGUUUUUUGUUUGUUUUUUCUGGUAAGCACAGAUUAAAUGUAGUGCAGCAACCAUAGAGUUUAAGAAUCAGUAUUAAAGCAAUAUUCCUUUUCCUAUAUAAUACUCUAGAGUUCUAUGAGUUUCAGUGUUUUUAUAAUUAGUUUGUUUCAUUCUUAAAUUAUCAGUAGCUACUCAAGUUUUCCUUAUAAGUAUUGUGUGAUUUGAAAUAAUAGAUAUAAUCAACAGAGAAAUGUGUAAAUAUUAGUACUUAUCUAAGGGAUAAAAAAAAAGAAAUAAUGUUAAAGUCAACAUGAAACAACAUUGAGUCUAUUUUUCUGAGUGAUGAACUUCUGAAUGAAAGACGAGAACAAAAUAUAGAGUCAGACCUGAGUUUAAAACAUUGCCAACACUUUACAAUAAUUAGGUAUCAAUCUGGCCAGAAAAUUAACAACUAUGAACAAACAAUAAUUUACAGCAUUUAUCAAUCUACAUUGAUUUUAAUGUAUGCAUAUAAUACUUUUUAACUUCUUUAUAGUUAUAUAUUCACAAUAAUUAGCAUUAGUAAAUUAAAACAAAAUAAACAAAGUAACAAUAAACAAUAGUAUAUUAAUAAAUGCUGUAACUUAUUACCAUUGAUUUGUUAGUUCACAAUACCUAAUGUAUUAACUAAGCACUACAUACUAAUUUAAGUGCUGCAGAUAUGAUGUAAUUUUGCUUUUGCAAGCCAACCCAGACAUUAUGGUUCAUUCACACCAUGUCAGGAUUAACGUAAUUACGAGAUUCUGACUUGUAAACGUUCUGACUUGAGGACGGUCACGUCCUCUUAGAAUUUGUAAUUACAAAUUGUGCAAAUUGUGUUGCAAUUUUCUUAAAAUGACAGCAAAUUCAGCUGCAAAUUGUAGUGACGUAAUAAUAUUGGGUAAUAUUUCUGUUUAAUAAUAUUUAAGUAAUUCAUAUAAUUAAUAAUAAUUCCAGUACUUGACUAUUGUUAAUGUCUUGAUAGUGCCAGGAUAAUCUAAAAAAUAAAAGACAUACAAUAGUUUAAUGUGGCCAGCACAGCUGAAUGCAUCUAAUGUCCCACUAAAUAAAGUUAAUUCAUUUAAGGCAAUUUAAUGCAUUUGCAUAAGGACUGUUAUUUGAUGUAUUGUUUUUUUUUCUUCUAUUGAUUACUCAAAUUACACAGAUUCAUUGUGGCAUUAAUAGUGUUGCCAUAGAAAUGUAUAAUUCAAGACAGGAACAGUUCCGGCACAAGUUAUCAUCUAAUAAUUACUGUACGACAUGGUGUAAAUGCAGCAUUGGCAUCACCCUGGUUCCCUCGACAAAAGCCAAUAGAAUUUUCCCAUUCGAUUUUGGAUUAUUGUGUAAAAUAAGCUCUGUGACCUGUAAAAGUUUAUAAUUCUUGCACGUUUUGUUCGAGACAAUGAACAUAACGUUAGUGAAUUUUGAAGACCGAAUACAAUCACUAGAAGCAGUCACUCGACUUCAAUGUCACAACCAUUAAACUUCUUACGACCUUUAUUUCAAUUCUAAAAUAAAGUUGGAAAAUUUGAGUUGGGAUAGUUUGAUCAAGUAUAAACAAAAGGCUGUAAAAGAUGAUUUUUUUGUGUGUUCAAUGUCAUGUUUAAUGCCCCAACCACCUCUGUAGUCCCAUUUAGCCACUUGUUAGCAACCACCUUUUUCAAGACAUGUAAAAGCUUUAAAAAAACUUAUAGGUAGUGUAUUACUUUGUUUUAAUGAAUAAUAAGCUUGUGUGAACCACAGAACUUAUUUCAGGCAUUGACUUUGUGAUGACGAGUCUGGGUUUUAGGACUCAUUCCUGCAGCACUAUUGUAAAGUGUUACCACAUUGCUGUUUGACUAUUAGUAAACAUUAACAGGCACGACCUAGAUGUCAGCAGACAAAGUAAAGUUGUUUCGGGUGGAGCAAUGGUGAAAGAUUACAAAAACAAAUCAUCUGUGAAAUAAUAUACACCAAUGGUUAUGCACAGUAAGACCAAACAACGUGCGUUAAAGUAAAUAGGGUUCCUUUUGAGUUCAUGUUGACUUUAAAAUCACACUACCUACCCUACUUUGGGCUUAUCAGAGUGAAAUGGAGAAGUAGAAAAGAACAAGGUUACAGUACAUGGUUUUUCUGCCAUUACGUUUGCAUUUAGAGCCACUGUAAACAUUCAGACUUACAUGGUUUAAACCAAUCAGAAUUAACAAUGAUCUCACACAGCGUGCACUAUUACUCAAACCGAAGUCCAGCAGAUUUUUUUUGAAACUUAAGUGUUGUGCCUUUCAAUUCUUCUUAUUCCUUUUUGAAGAAUGUCUGUUUUUAGAUUUAAUUCUUCAUGUACAACUUCCUGUCUGAAAAUGCAGUAUGAAGCACCCUCUUUUGACAGAUACCUUGAACCAAAGUCUCCAUUUAGGUUCUAUUUUGAAGUCCACUAUGUGGAUUGUUCUGGAACCAUCGAGCUACAUGAGAUAGCUGUCAUGGUCCUACAGUAUAUGCCAUUCAAAGUAUAGCAAUAUCUAGAGUAAUAGUUCUGAUGUUUAAAAUGGGUGUCGAUAGUGAGUGUUGUCAUUUUAUGCCUUUGAAGGAAAAAGAUCUUCUUGUGACUAUUUAGAAUUUGUAGUCAGAUCCUUCUUGACUACUGUUGAUAUUAAUACAGACAUUGAAAAGUGAACCGUUUUGUUCUAGUCGUUUUUCAGUGCUAAAAUGUUUCCCAAUAUGUAAUCACAAUAUGAAUUUUGUUAUAUUCAGUUGAAAAUGCUGAGUUCCUUGCACAAGGGGGAAU